AUGCAGUUCCGUGACGCCGGAGUGCCGUCGGAACGUCGCUCAGCUAAAAUAUGGCGUCUCGUCCUGUUGUCUGCUGAGGACUUUGCUCUCGUUAUGUCAGUGGGUUAUGUGUUCUCUGAAGUGGCCUUUGCGCAGUUUGAUGCUGAGGGAGAUGGCACCGUAGAUGUGGAGAAUAUGCUGGAGGCUCUCAAGAACUCUAGUGGAGCUAAUCUUCAAGGGGAGCUUAGCCAUGUAAUCAGGCAACUGCAAGCCUGUUCACUAGUUCCAGGUUUUAUUGAUAUAUUUUCUGAAUCAAAAGAGCGUCUUGGUCUUCAUGCUUCGAUGAUACUGAGGUUCUUGCACCGCAAUCGGAUUUCUAGUUCUGCCAUCCCUUACCCAGUGUUGGAGUACUUCAACAACAUCUGUACUAUGCGGUCUUCUGUACUGAAGGAUGCUCUAGAUCGACUUAUCCUGAAAGAGAGGGAAUACCCCAGUGACCUGAAUGGUAGUCAGGAGUUGGACAAGCUGAAGUCGGUCACAAAGUGCUACACUCACAUAGAAACCUCAUCCAAUUCUGCUGAUAUUGACAAGAUGACAAAUGGAGAAACGACAUCCUUCUGGCAGUCGGACGGCAGUGCUCGCUCACACUGGAUACGUUUAAAGAUGAAGCCAGAUGUUGUUUUGAGACACCUGUCCAUUGCGGUGGCAGCCAAUGACCAGAGUUACAUGCCACAGCAAGUCACGGUGGCGGUGGGGAGGAAUGCCAGCAGUCUUCAGGAGGUCCGAGACGUUCACAUUCCAAGCAAUAUCACUGGCUACGUAACGCUGUUGGAAAACGCUAACAUUAGUCAGAUGUAUGUACAGAUAAACAUCAAGCGUUGCCUUAGUGAUGGGUGUGACACUAGAAUCCAUGGACUCAGGGCCGUCGGGUACCAAAGAGUUAGGAAGGUCGGCGUCUCUGUGUGUGAUGCUUCGGCUAUCUGGUACUGGUCUCUGCUGACCUCUCUGGUAACAGCUUCCAUGGAAACAAAUCCAGCAUUCGUUCACACUAUUUUACAAAACACUCAGAAAGCACUACAACACAUGCCACCUCUGUCCCUAACACCGGGCUCUACAGAUUUUUCAAGCUUCUUAUCUCCGAAUGUUUUGGAAGAAGUAGAUAGUUUUCUUGUAAGAAUAACAAGCUGUUGUACUACUCCAGAGGUUGAACUUACACUCUUGGCCUUUGCCUUAGCCAGGGGGAGUGUCGCUAAAGUGAUAAGUUCCCUUUGCACCAUCACUGAUCAUCUGGACACUCCAUACAAGGCUUCAUCCCUUAUCGCUUCCAUGGCAACAGUCAGGCAGAACCUGCUGUAUAAAUAUGGAAAACCCUUACGACUAACUCUGCAAGCAUGUGAUGUAAAGGGAAAAGAAGAUAAAUCAGGGCCCGAAAACCUCCUUGUAGAGCCAUGGACUGGGGAUGGUUUCCUCACUGAAACUGGGAAAACCAGAGCAAGUAUCGUUCUUUCUGCUGGAACUGAAUCUUCAUUUCAAGUGACACAGAUUAGAAUAAAGGUCCGAAGAGGUGCCAUCGGUGCCCAGUGUGGGCUGGUGUUUGCUUAUAAUAGUGCGUCGGAGAAGUUCCAUGCAGAGGAGCACUUCAAAAGAUUUGAAAGAUUCGACAAAUGGAGGCUGCAGGAAUUCAAACAAUUCUUAAAAAACAGAAGCAGUUCUUUGUGUGAUGAUUUGGGAGAUGAUGAUCCGAUUGGCUGGUUUGAAGUGGAAGAAGAAUGGGAUGAAGUUGAUGUCAAAAUGCAGCAAUGCAGGAUUUCCCAAUACCUGAUGAUAAAGUUCUUGUGCACAAGACAAGACACAGCAGAACGGCUCGGAGUUCAAGGCCUGCACGUUCUUGGGUAUCUUCGGCCUCUGCGAGACGAGCCCAGUAGGAGCAUGAACUGCUUGCAGUGCAGGAAGACUGAUGGUGAUACGGUUUGUGGCACAACGCUUCUCCUGAAGACGCUUCACUUCAUCCAGCAGCUGGCACAGGACCUGGUAUUCUCCAAAGAUGCUGGAUUAAAAUACAAGUCAUUUUUAGAUUUCACAGGCCUUGAUUUGCAGCUCUUCUGGAAUUUUUACAAUAAACUUCACCAAAACCCAAGGGAAGAAUGCAUCUUUGCUCAAACACUGCUACUGCAGCUUCUCCAGAGCUGCUUCUCUGUGCUUACUGGAGGCAGUAAAACUGCUAAACCUCAAGAGACUUCUCAGAGCAAAACAUCUGGUCACACAGAAGCUGCAGAAGAGCUCUACAGACAUUUGUGUGAAGUAGUGGAUAUGGGGGACAGUAACUUCAUGCCAAUGAAAAUGCUGAAAGAGGAAGUUAAGAACACCUUACUCAGUGGAGCAGCAGUCUUUUUCCCAGAUAGACAGACCAGGCGGCACCAGCUCUUCACCAUGAUGAAAAACAUCACAGAGCAAGAACAUAAGCAAUCUGUACAUCUUGCCUUCAGAUCCUUGUGUACCCACUUCAGUGAUCAAGAUCCUGGUGGGCUGCUGCUAUUACCAGAGAAAGGAGUUGCUGCAAACUUUGACAUAAGUGAAGUGCUGUCAGUCAUGGAUACCCUUCUGCUAGUGGCGGCAAGAGAGUGUGAAAUGAUGAUGCUGGAUGUUGCGCAGCAAGAGAGUGGCAGAGUCCUGUCUUCCUUGUUCUGGUCUGUUCAAGGUAGCCUCCUUUCAUGGUGCUACCUGCAACUGAAGGGUAGUGAUAAUUCAGCCAAGGAUCUCGCUGUGGAAAUACUUAAAAACUAUGUGGGCCAGUUCCUGUCAAACAUCAGAAAGAUUUUGCAGUCGCUUUUAUCCCAAUAUAGUGGCAAAGCAAUAGUAGAAAAAAUAAGUAACUCUGUCUUUGCUAUGGCAACACGUCAGCUGGUCAUCUUCUUGUUGGAUUUUUGCACUUUAGACAUUCCGUACUGUACGCUGCUGCAGGGAUUCAGCACUUUGAUAGAACCACUGAAAAGCCUUUGCAGUGAGCCUCAUAAGAUGGAAAUGGAAAGCUGGCAGCAAGAACAGCCUGUAGUAUUGCGAACAUGGACGAUGGAAUCGCCUCAUAACUAUGAAAAUAAUUGCCAUGAGGUCUCAGUCUUCCUCUGUCAUGGGGCAACUUACUUUGAGGUGGAAUUUGAUGAAAAAUGUGAAACUGAAAGGAGGUAUGAUUACUUGGAGUUUACUGAUGCCAGAGGUGCAAAAACUCGUUACGAUACAAAGGUUGGCACUGAGAAGUGGCCUAAGAAAGUGACCUUUAAGGCUGGCCCACGGCUGCAGUUUCUCUUUCACUCUGACAGCAGUAAUAAUGAGUGGGGCUACAAGUUUUCCGUCACUGCUUAUGGCCUACCGGAUGUUGCGGUUUCUUGGGGCUUGGAUUUACAGCUUCUUGUAUCCCGAUUGAUGGGGCGCUUGGCUUCCCGAAGCAUGGCCCUGAAAUCUCUACGAGAGCUAGGUAGUGAAGCAGACUUGCCUCCUUUGAAAGUAACAUCAGUUCUUAAUUCUCCGCUGUGGAAACCUGUCUUCAGGCAUCAGAUGUGUCCUGCGGCACUCCCAGGAGCCAGUCAAAGCAGUAGACAGCACCAGGGUAAAAAAGAGGCUAGAAGCUCUCACCAGGAUGACUGCCGUCACUUUCUUAUCGACUUUGCAAAAUCAGAUCCUGCCCAGGACUUCAGUGGGCAAAAAUCUGAACUUUUCAAAGGACUUACACAGGCAUGUAAAAAACAGGCCCCAAAGACAGAUGUAGUUGCUGGUUCUACUGUUGAUCAAGCUGUGAACUCAACGUUUGCUGCUUUGGUGUAUCUCACUCCAGAGUUAUAUGAAAAGCUUCAGAAAUAUGUCAACAGUGGAGGCAAGGUGCCUUUGAGUGAUGAGUUUGCACAAGUAUAUUCCCUGGCCGAUUCAAUUAGAAUAUGGAUGUUGGAAAUGAAGCAGAAAUCCCUGAUGGGUAAGGGAAAUGACACUGAGGAGAAGCAGAACACAGAAGCAAGUGAAGUGAACCCAGAAACUCUUGCAAAACUUUGUAUUCAGAAGAGCCUUUUGUUACUGAAUUUUUUGCCUGGAAGAGCAAAAACGAAAGAUUCUGCUUCAGACAGUCUGGAAGCUCAAGACAUUGAUGAUCUCCAACAGUAUGUCAGUGAUAAACGCCAAAGAAAAGGUUCUGUUGUGGACACGGACUUCCAGGCAGCACCCUCGUUGUUGUCCAGUGGAGUAACUCAUCCUGUUUCAGAAGAGGGGGCCCGAAUGACGCAGUCGGAUGCAAAGAUUCAACAAGUUCCAGACCCCCUCAAAACAGAAGCAGCUUCUGCAUUUCAUAGUAAGCCCGCUGAAAAUACAGUUUCACAGCAAGAAGAUGUAUCAUCACCUCCUUCCACGCCCACACGAAAAUCGCAGCUCAGCCGUGGAAGACUAAGGCUGCUGUCUUUCCGAUCAGUGGAGGAGCCAAGAGCUGUGCCUACUGUGAAGGAGAAAUAUCCUAUAUUGAAGAACAUAUUAGACUUUAUUAAGGAUCAGUCGCUUUCACAUGAAAGUGUUUUGAAGGUUCUUGCUUUGAGAAAAUCCCAAGGACAGAGUAUUAUGGAAGUGCUCAAAACAAUCCGCCGGUGCCUAGACUCCCUUGGGCAGCCACAUUGUUUUCACCCACCGUGUGUACUUUUUCUCUUAGAACUUCUAGCCUGUCAGAAAGAUUUUACAAACUACUUUGGGAACUUGGAAGGCUGCGGUGCUGAGCUACACAGAGAGAUUCGAGAGUCCUACUAUGAGCUUGUUUUGUUCCUGGUAAAUUCUGUGAAGGGAUUUAGUACCAUUAAUGACAGAUCAUUGCUUCCUGCCUUAUCGUGCGUGCAGACAACUCUCCUUCACCUUUUGGAUAUGAGUUGGGAACCGAGCGAUCUUUCCUUCUUUGUUGAGAUUCAGUUACCACAUCUUCUUAUGAGUACAUCACAGGAAAACAUAAGUAUUCAUGACAGUGUCAUCUGUCAGUGGAGUGAAGAAGAUGAAAUUGCAGACUACAAGCAAAACUGUGAGUGGAUGGAUGAAUGUCAGGAUGUGAUGUUCGAGACCUGGUAUGAAAAGAUAGCUCAAGCUGACCCAGAGAAGCAGAGAAAGAUGCACAUGUUUGUUGCUCGUUACUGUGACCUGUUAAAUGUGGACAUAUCCUGCGAUGGCUGUGAUGAAAUUGCACCAUGGCAUCGCUACCGCUGUCUGCAGUGCAAUGACAUGGAUCUCUGUAAAACUUGUUUUCUUGGUGGAGUUAAACCCGAAGGCCAUGAGGAUGACCAUGAAAUGGUUAACAUGGAGUAUGCCUGUGAUCACUGUCAAGGAGUUAUCAUAGGUCGGAGAAUGAACUGUAACGUGUGUGAUGACUUUGACCUUUGCUACGGAUGCUAUUCUGCAAAGAAGUACUCUGACAGUCACUUGCCCACUCACAGCAUCACGGUGUACCCAAUGGUGACUAUUCGAAUCAGUGACCGGCAGAGGCUCAUCCAGCCGUAUGUCCACAAUUAUUCCUGGCUGCUCUUCGCAGCUUUGACCCUCUACAGUGCAGAUCUGGCAAAUGGGGAGGAAGUGGAAGGAGAGAAACUAGAUUCCCAGGUCCUCGGUCAUGCCAGAGUUCUACAACAGCAGUGCAUACAGCUCAUCGGAGACUGCUUGAUGAAAGCACAGCACGGAAAAG